GCGACCACCGAGAAAAAACUCGGGAGCAGAGUGAGAGCAGCCGGCCGGCCGCAGCUCUAAGAGAGAGAGAGAGAGAGAGAGAGAGAGAGAGAGAGAGAGAGAGAGAGAGAAAAGAGAGAUGUAGAGCUAGUUUAGCUGUGUAAGUUUAGGACACGUUUACACAGGACUUGGACGCAUAAUGUCAUGAGUUAGCUAGCUAGUUAAACAUUUACCUAAAAGUCUUUAUUUAGGGAACUUUAAGCGGAGAACUGAAAGCGAGAAAGAGAGAUGAUAAAGGAGUUUUAAAGGAGCUUUCUGCCUGUACUUCUUAACUACCGUUUGGAGUAUUUUAAAAAGGAGAAGCAGCGCUCUCUCUGUCUCUCGCUGUGUGUGUGUGCGUGCGUUUAUGUGCGUGUGUUUAUUAUAUAUGUGUGUGUGGAGCGCGAGGCAGAUGUUGUUGCCGGGCGCGCGACUGCUGCCACGCGGGAGCCCGUAAAGCGAAGAGGAGAAGAGAAAGGUCAGCUCUGUGUCAUGUCCUGACCUGGGAUGAACCCGAAUGCUGUUUGAGUCAGCAUCCGACUGUCUGGCACCGGUGAACAACUUUUCUUAAAGGCCCUGGAGGAAAUUCCAAUCCCUCGUGCUGAACAGAAACCAGGUGAAGAAUGAGGAAUAAAUAUGCCAUCCUUAUCAUCUGCAUUGUGGCACUCGUCAUCAUUGAAAAGGAAAAUAAUAUCAUAUCAAGGGUCUCUGACAAACUCACACUCCGACAGACAGGGCAGACUCCGGAGCCUCCACCCUUCUACAAUGGCACCAGUGCACCUGUGGUCGUGGAGUACGAUGCUGAAGGCGAUGACAACGCCACCCAGUUUCUAGAGGCUGGUGACGGCAGUCAGAAGCACAUCCUCUUGUUGGCUGCCACACGCACUGGAUCCUCCUUCGUGGGCGAGUUCUUUAACCAGUUGGGAUCUAACAUGUUCUACCUCUUCGAACCGCUGUGGCAUGUUGAGAGGAUGCUUUCGCAGGACAUGGACAUCCCCAAUGCCACGGUUUCCUCCUUGGCCUACAGAGACGUGCUGCUGAGCCUGUUCUUGUGUGACUUCUCUUUGCUGGAGCGCUUCAUCAGCCCAACCCCUCAGGAACACGUGACCCCUGCACUGUUCCGCAGAGAGUCCAGCAUGGCUCUGUGUGAGGAGCAAGUUUGCUCACCAGUAGUAAAACAUUUAUUUGAGAGAUAUCGCUGCAAGACACGGCGUUGCGGACCCCUCAACCUGACCUUAGCAUCAGAGGCCUGUCUGGGAAAGGAAUUCAGAGCUAUCAAAACGGUAAGGGUGCGGCAGCUGGAGACACUGCGCUUGCUAGUGGAGGACCCCAGAUUAGAUAUCAAAGUCAUACAGUUGGUGAGAGACCCCCGUGCCAUUUUGGCCUCGAGAAUGGUGGCCUUCUCCAAUAAGUAUCAAACCUGGAAGAGCUGGGCAGUGAACGGAGAGGUGCCCAUAGAAGAUGAAGAGGUAAAACGGCUGCAAGGGAACUGCCAACAAAUCCGCUUGUCUGCCGAGCUGGGCCUGAGCCGGCCAGACUGGUUGGAGAACCGCUACAUGCUAGUGCGCUAUGAGGACAUUGCCAGGUACCCCAUGCAGAAAGCAGCUGAAAUGUACAGGUUUACUGGGAUUCCCUUCACAUCACAGGCGAGGGAGUGGAUUCUUAAGAACACCCACGCUUCAGAGGUUGCCAGUGGGGUGUACUCUACACAGAAAAACUCAUCUGAACAGGUGGAAAAGUGGCGCUUCAGUAUACCCUUCAAAUUAGCACAAGUUGUGCAAGAUGUUUGUGGACCGACCAUGGAACUGUUUGGGUAUAAGUUUGUUGACAGUGAACAGACACUGUUUAAUAAGUCUAUUAGCUUGCUUGAAGAAAAACUAUUUAAUUUAUGAUAGCUCACAUUUUUAAUUUGUUUGUUUUGUUAUUUGGCAUCUUGUUUGAAGUACUAAAACCAAGCCUGACUACAAGCCUUAUUACAAGCAGAUAAGUAGCACACUGGAGCACAGAUGUUACUGCAGUGCCUUCAGCUCUCAUUUUGUGGUGUAGCUUUAAUCAGACAAAGUGCUUUCAGCUGGGUUUGGCUAAUUUAGAUAAUGAAUUAUUAAUUCAUUAUAUUUGCUGCUUUAAUUUAAAAAGGGUUUAUACUUGUUCUACUAUGUGUGUGUGUGUGUGAAUGAGUUUAUGUAGUUCAUGGUAUUAGUUUUUACAUUUUGCGCUUUCUUACUUUAAACUGUGACUGUAGACAUUUUUAGCCAAUGGCUAGACAGGGAAGUUAUUUUUUUAACCAAUGUUUAAGAAAACUGUUUUUGUUUUUAAUAUUUUCGUUUUACUGAACUCUGUGUUAUUGCCAUGGGCAAGCUGGUAUUAUUGUGUAUAACUACGUUUAAUAUCAGAUGUUAUAGUUUUUGAAACAGCAUAUUUUUUUACUUUGUUUUACAUCAACAUGUAUUCCUCUGGGAAAGGAAGCAUUUUGUAGAAACAUGCAGGACUCUGAAAGUGGUCAGUGUUCAGUGAACACAAUGAAGGCAUUAUUUUCCAAAAGAGCUAAAGAAUGAAACAGACCUCUGCACAGGAAAAUAAAUGAACUCUAACGUCUGUCAUGCUUUGAAAAAUGUUUAUGUACAAUAUUAUAACAAGAACUGACAACAAGUAGUUCAAAAAUUUGGGGGUUAUUUAAAAAGGAAACUGACGUAAAAUACAUUAAAAGGGACUGUUUCAUUUUGCAGCAAAAAAUGAAAGGCCUGUGGGUUCUGCAGCUGGAAUAGGUCAUCUACAAAUGUCAAAGACUAAUAAUAAAAGACAUUGAUGAUAAAGGGAGAAUUGUUCUUAAGUUUUGCUGACUUUACUUCUUCAGUAACUGUGUUGACUAUGAAAACCAUAAGGACCUGUAAAAAAUGUUUUUUAUUUUAGCAAUGCUAUAUAGAACCUAGCUAAUAACCAACACCAGUCACUUUUAUUAACUGCAGAUUGACUCUCAGUCCUUGAGUGAUUUAAAUCCCCUUCUUUGGGAAAAGGAUAUUGUGGAUUUUGAAGUGGACAAUAUCCAAGCUAGAAACUCAAAUCAGAAAAAGAUGGGAUUGUAAGAAAAAUGCAAAUACAAGGACAGGGUUUCUUAAAUUUACUUUGACUUGAUUUGAUUGCAGACAGUGACCCAAUAUAUUUAAUGCUUUUUCUGGUCAGCUUCAUUUUCUUUGUUAAUACACAUCCAUUUCUGCAUUGUCUCUGAUCCUUCUCACAACUCUUAAAAAAGGGUAAAAAAAAGUAGUGGGGUAACAGAGCAUUUGUUGUCUAUUAUAACAACUACCGUAAUACAGCAAUUAUUAGUGGUCCCCACAUAAGAGACCCCCAACUAUGUACUAUGUCACAUGGAAUAAGGCUUAAUGCACAAUGAAUAAAUCUUUCAUAAAUAAAUGUUUAAUUAAAAUAUUUUUAGCACAAGAAUGAGAAUAAGACUUUAAUGGGCCCCAAUUUGUUAACCAUAAGAUAAAGUGUUGGCUUUAAAAAACACAUAUAGGAUAACAGGCAAUGAAGAUUUUUUGGUAUUAUUUUUUCCAGUUAUUCCUGCAAACACAUCUUACUUUUUUCAUCUCUGUUUCAGAGCAUAUAGCAUCCAUUCCUUUAAAAAGACACAUUUACACAUUGAAAUUCUUCCAAAUCCCUUGAAUGGUUUAAUGAUAUAAUUUAAAAAAAUUAAUUCUUUCUUUGAAGAACAUAGAUUUUAAAUGUUUAAUACAUUUUUAUGCCUUUUUUAAGCUGAAGAACCUCUGCCUGUAUUUGCUUCUCAAUGACUUAAAAUACAGUUUUUAAACCAAAUAUCGAUCACAGUCACCUGUUAACAUCACCUGUUUUAAACCACAUUUGAAACAGCAGUAAUAACAGUCAUGAAUUUUACUGUGGUUUACCAUAAAACCGCUAACCGUUUAAUCGCUACUGUAUAUACAUAGAAGUACUUGAGUUAUAGUUUGAACCUUAUACCUCAAAAAGCAAUGGAAUGUAAAUCCUUCAGUUUAACCGACUGGGCUCAUCAUGCAGGGACACAUGCAACAUAAAGAUGAAGAGUCCAGAAAAGUCAACUGUGUACAGCAGCCUUAUUUUCUUUUCCACAUUCGUUUUCUUUAACUCAUUCACUUCUGCCUGUAGUGCUGGCCGAGCUUCACUGCAGGCUCUCAUAAGGCUGCGUUGUGCAAGCAAGCCGGCCAGCGGGAAACAAGGCUCCUCAUGUGUGUGUCCCGCUCUCAGGAUGUGCCGCGCCCACUCUGGACUGCUCUGACCACACUGAGGCUCACACUGCCGCUGAACGACUCUUUCAUACUCUCUCUCUCUCCACUGCCUCACUGCCUCCAGCCUUUAGAGCACACAAACGUGCCUAUUCACCUCUCAACACCCCCUCACCCCCACCCCUCACGCUACUGCUCACACCACCAGUCUAUGAAGAAGACAUUAAUGCAUACUUAAUAUACUAUAACAACAUUUGUCAUUUAUUAUUAAAGGACAUACAGAAACGCCUCAGAAAUUGAUUAUACAUUUAAGAAAUAAAAAAAAAGAUAAUGUGGAAAAAGAUACUAAAAAAAAAAGAUUGGAAGCAAAAAUUUGGCUCUGGGUUUAGAAGCCUUGCUAAUAUUUUGCUCAAAGCAAAGUGAAGUGAAAACACUCUAAUGUUUAACUUCAGUACCCCAACUGAGCUCUCCGCAGGGAGCGAGGGAGCAGUAAGGGAUUGAUAAAGGGGGGUUGGGAAGGGAAAGGGGGCAUUCGUUCCAGAAUUCCUCCGUUGACCUCAAAUGUCUGUAGAAAGAAACCUUGUUACCCAUGAAGAAUCAGGAAGUUGCAUAAUACAAACUACUAGUGUAAAA